AUGCCGCCAAAACCGACUCUCCCCAUCGACGUCUUUCCUGCUUGGGCACGUUUCAAUGACGUGGAUUUCAUUAAUGUCGAAUUGUGUGAAACUGAUGGAAAGGGAAUUGGGCUAGUCACUGUCACCGGAAGUGACUUGACCAAAAUACCAGUGGCAGAGGGUGAAGUUAAUGACAAAGACUUGCAGCAUGGAAAAGCUGAAGCUUUGCUGCGAAUUCCCCAUGAUUUGGUCCUUUCAGCCUCCACGGUUGAGGAUUACGCUAAGGUUGAUCAAAACUUCCGCCAACUCAUGGACUCUGUAGGACAUAAUUCGACACGGGGUAACAUUCUGCUAUACCUCUUGGCGCAUCUUGUUCUGUCUGGUCGAGAUGCAUCGAGCCCGAGAGGCCCUGCGUCAACACCAUGGACAGAGUAUCUCAAAUUCCUGCCUCGUGACGUUCCUGUCCCAACAAUGUGGUCGGAAGUUGAGCGAGCUCUUCUUCAAGGCACAUCGCUAGAGGCUGCAUUGGAAGCCAAAUUCGCAUCUCUAAGCAAGGAGUUUGAGGAUCUGACCGAGAAAUCUUCGGUGCUACCUUUUUGGAAUUCCCUGUUUUGGGAGAAGGGAACGGUGGCCAUUCAAGACUGGAUCUUGGUUGAUGCAUGGUACCGAUCACGCUGUUUAGAACUACCUCGAGGGGGAGAUGUCAUGGUCCCUGGACUUGACAUGGCCAACCACUCGCAUCAUCCAACCGCUUACUACGACGAAGAUGACAAGGAUGAUGUUGUCCUGCUAGUACGACCCGGGACAAAGGUGUCAGCGGGGGAGGAAGUGAACAUUUCCUAUGGAGACAAAAACCCCGCAGAAAUGCUCUUUAGUUACGGGUUUAUCGACAACGAGUCUACCGUCGAGGGACUCAACCUGCCCGUGAAAGUACUGCCCGAUGACCCAUUGGGUAAAGCCAAGCUUCACAUCUUUGGCAGCUCAGGAUCUCUCAUUUUAUCUCGGUCAGAUGGGAAGGUAAGCUGGCAAUGCCCCUUUGCGUACCUGAUGUGUCUGAAUGAGGAAGAUGGUCUUGAGUUCAAAGUCCUCCAAGGAGAGGAUGGAGGGCGGGAGCUAAGACUCUUCUGGCAAGAAGAAGACGUGACAGCGCAGGUAGGCCACUUUGAAGAUCUCAUCAAAGACCACCCCCUCUGCCAAAUCUUCCGGCUUCGAGUGGUUUCUGUCUUGCAUGAGGUGGUGUCCGACCACCUCGUGGAACUCUCCUCCGAGAUCUCCCAUGAUGAGCUCGAGCCAUUGUGCCGGGAUGGACUCGUGAGGGAUGAAUGUAUUCAAGCAGCAGAAAAGCUCAGGGGAGUCGAGGCUGGUGUGCUGGAAAGCGCUGCUGUGGCUCUGGACAAACAGGUGCGUAUCGCUCGAAGCGAUUGA